GGGUACCGCCAGGUCUUCACCUUCGAGCCCAGGAACGGUUGGCUGAUGCUGGAGUACAGCGUCGUCGACCGUGAAGACGGCGGCCACCGCGGGGAGGCGAUUCCUGUUAUCUGCAAGAUCUAUCAGACGUGUCGCCAGUCCAGCUCGAAAUCGUUGAUGUCGGGAUCCAAGAAGAGGAAGGCAGCACAAGGCGAGCGCUCCGGCUCCGGCUCCCACGAGUUUUCCACGGCACGUGUGAGGCGGUGUCUGCAAUUUGGUUCCCCUCCUGCUGUACCAGAUCAGAUUGCCGUCGUUGCUUCUACAUCAGGGCAUGGACAAGAGUUCUUGUUGACAGCUGAGCCGCAGGAAGAGCAAGAACCGUCGGUCACCACCCCAGCCACGCCCUUCUUUGUUCCAUUCGAGCAAGAAGCAGCGGAAUCGCAAUAUUCAGAGCUUGCAGACUGCUUGAUUCAGAAAUCGGGCCUCCCCUUGAGCUCCUACGGCACCACUCUCAUGCAUCCUGCACAAGAUUGGGCCACAUCACAAGUUCCACAAGGAAACACUGCUGGGCUGAGCUGCUACGACGACAUGAACAAUUCACUCCCGAGCUACAGCACCACCGGCCUUUGGUCCUGCCCACCGUCCACCUUGUCUUCCCCCGGCAACACGCUCCUCUACCCUCGCCAUGACACAUCAUUGAUGGGGAAUGCUACUCCCGUCCUGGGCUGCUACGAUGUGUCGUCGAUGUACUCCUGGUGCAACCGAGCGGAGUGGACGGGUCACGGCUCGAACACUGAUCCAUUGUCCUCUCUAUGCAUUUGAUUGAUGAGUAAAGACACAAGCUAGCUAGUUUAGUCUUACGUACUGACCAGAUGAUCUGAAGCUUUGGUGUUUCUUUUUAUUUCAGACUGUGUGUUGUAAUGUCGUGAGCUGUAAUCUUAAAUUUUUUUUGAGGGUUCAAAACUGAAA